UAGAAGUUCAAAGUUUAUUUUAGAUUUAAAGAUUUUAAAUGUAGGUAUUGAUCAAGAUUUUGACUGCAUUUUGCUGAUAAUGUAGGUCUGGUAUUUUUAUCUUGUUGCAUGAUGUUAUCAGCUUGAUUACACAAAGAUUAAGUGUUCCCUAAGGUAAAAUAGAGAAAACUGGUCUGAAUAUUUAAGUUUUUUCAUUUUACAGGAAAUAUUUUUGAUUCAACAAGAGUUAACAUUUUAGACAUUGGGAUUACUAUUUGAACAUUGAAAUUCUUUAUAUCAUCAUCAUCACAUAGUGUUUAACUUGUAUAAAUUCCUUUGACCAUGAUGUAGAAGUGAAGUUCUAGAAUUUUGAAAUUUACCUGAAAAGUGCUAAAAGGAUAUUAUAUAAGACAUUAAAAUGGGAGGUAAAGAAAAUGGUGAUGCUGUGGAGAUGGAUGACCUUGACGAUAUGACUGAUGGAGGAAAGCCCCUGAAGUAUGAUCCAAAAUUUAAAGGUCCUGUUAGUAAAAGAUCCUGUACUGACAUAAUAUGCUGCCUUAUAUUUGUGGUGUUUGUGUUGGGGCUGGUUGUUGUCGGAUAUUUCGCUUUUACCUAUGGAAAUCCGAGGCUUCUCCUGUACCCUAUGAACUCGGAUAAAGAACUAUGUGGUUUUGGCAGUCAGAAAGGGAAGCCCAAUUUGUUGUUCUAUGAUUUGGUUGCCUGUGGUAGGAUGGGGCCAGGAGUGUUUGUUGAUGGAUGCCCUACUACUCAGAUAUGUGUUUCUGAGUGUCCCAAAGAAACUUGGUUUUACAAGCAGGCACUGGAAGAAAAGAAGAAACUAAGAUACUGUAAGCCAAGUAUAAAUCUUGCCACAACUUCAAAGAAAUUUAAUGAUUUGGUAAAAGAUGAAGACUGCCCUGCGUAUCUUUUAGCCAGCAAACCAUUUUUGAAUCGAUGUGUACCAGAAGCUUUAGUGGAACUUCUAGACGAGGCUGGAACUCUUGCUGAAAAUCUCAAAAAUGACAAUGUAACGGGUCUUAAGGAUAAAAACAAUCAGUCACUUUCGGUAGAUGAUAUUGAAGAUGGUUUAGAUGCCUAUGGAUUAUUCUUGAAAGCCAAAGAGUAUGGAGAAAAAGUGAUACAAGAUGUGGUCGCUUCAUGGUGGAUGAUACUGGUGGGUUAUUUACUUGCCAUGUUUGUAUCACUACUCUGGAUUAUAUUGAUGCGAUGGUUUGCUGGUAUCAUGGUUUGGCUCACAGUUUUACUUUUUGUUGGUGUCUUUGGAUUUUCCUCAUUCUGGUGUAUGAAGAGCUACUUUGAUGUGAAAGAUACAGAACAGUCCUAUCACAUUCACAUGGCUGUCAUGACAUUCACCUUCUCGAAAGAAAAAUUCUGGCUAGCAUUUGGUAUUAUAUCUAUUGCAAUACUGGCAAUUGUGAUAUUGAUCCUUCUGAUAUUGUGCCAGAGAAUACGUAUAGCUAUAGCUUUAAUCAAGGAAAGUAGCAAAGCUGUGGGCAGUAUGCUGAUGACACUGAUAUUCCCGGUGUUUAUUUAUAUCCUAGAAGUAUCUGUGAUAGCGUAUUGGCUCGUCUCUGCUGUUUACCUGGCAUCUACAGGAAGAGAGCCAACAUUUGACCUGAUGAAUGACAGCAGCAUAUAUAAUACCAAUGGUUCUUAUAACUAUGAAGAGAUCAGGAAACAAACAGACAGUCUCUUUGAUGAAAUCCCUUGUGACAAUGAGAUGAAUGGAACGUUAAGUGAGGUAUGUGGUGUGCUGAAGCAUGCACAAGAAGGAAAAUAUACAAUAUACCUACAAAUCUAUAACUUGUUCAUGUUAUUCUGGAUGGUAAAUUUUUGUAUUGCCCUUGGGGAGAUGGCCCUGGCUGGGGCGUUUGCUUCAUAUUACUGGGCUUUUGAGAAGCCGAGAGACAUACCCACGUUUCCGCUGUUAACCUCAGUUUGGAGAUGUUUUAGGUAUCACCUGGGGACGCUGGCCUUUGGGUCCCUUAUUGUAGCCAUAAUACAGAUUAUCCGAGUCUUCCUGGAGUAUCUUGACCAUAAACUCAAAGGAUCUGAAAAUCCAGUCGCUAAAUUUUUUAUGAAGUGUCUUAAAUGUUGUUUUUGGUGCCUUGAAAAAUUCAUCAGAUUCCUCAACAAAAAUGCAUACAUCAUGGUUGCCAUACAUGGGAAGAAUUUCUGUGUUUCUGCAAAGAAAGCCUUCAUGCUGAUAUUUAGAAAUGUUGUCAGAGUGUUAGUUGUAGACAAAGUGACAGAUUUUCUCCUGUUGAUAGGGAAACUUCUUGUAGUUGGAGGAAUAGCUUGUGCCUCAUAUUUUUUCUUUGAUGGUAAAAUAGAGUUCUUGAAUACAUACAAACCAACCCUGAACUUCUAUGUUACACCCAUUGUUCUUGUGGUGCUUGGAACUUAUGUGAUAGCUUCUAUUUUCUUCAAUGUAUACAACAUGGCAGUGGACACCCUGUUCUUGUGUUUCUUGGAGGACCUGGAAAGAAAUGACGGAUCACAGGAAAAGCCUUACUACAUGCCUAAAAAUCUCAUGAAAAUUCUCGGAAAAAAGAACAAAGAAUACAGGGAAACAGAUAAAUGAUGGAAAUUUGGAUUAUAGGAAGUGCGAGUCACAUGAACUAUUUUCUAGUGAAUGCAUCAUGAUGUAUUUCACUGAUGAACAAUGUAGGACAUUUCAUUAUGCAUAUUAUGCAGAAAAAGAGCAAAUCCAUUUUUUGUGUAUUUUUUUUCUAAGACAUUGUGUAUUGUUCUAUUUUGUAUCAUUCUGUUGUUAAGAUGAAAAUGUAAUGCACUUUGGUCAAUGUAAAACAUGUACUUUGUAAAUUAGACACUGUAAGAACAGUUGUAGCAACUAUCAGUUCUCAUUUUUGUCUAUUAUCGGGACAUCCGAGUUUUCUGUUGUUUAUUUUCAACCAUUAACAGUGCUAGAGCUUGGUGAAAAGUGUGAUUAAAAAAAAGAACUGGUUGUACAUAAUUGUUAAAUUAUUGUAUGAAAUACAGAAUGGAUUCUUUUUUUUAGUAAGAUAGGCUUUUAGAAAGGAGCUUUUUUAUUAUUAAAAUGGUGACAGUUGUGAAUAAAAUGACAUUACAUUUAUCAAUAAGCUAACACCACGGAAUAUAUUAACAAAAUAAUUCGAAUAAGAAGAACAAAAUAAUCCUUUUGAAAGGUUUUGAGGUCAUUUAUUUUUUCAUCAAAACAUCAGUCCUGUUUGUGAGCAAGUAACAAAUUUUGGUUGACAUCUUACUGACCAGAAUGUUGCAUACUUUAAUGUAUUGUCUCACUGUUCACUUAGUAUGUGAAGUCUGUUUUCAUUUUGUUUGAGACACACAAAUUGGAGUAUCUAGUUUAACUGUUCAAAACUUUAGUACACUUGAAAUGUUACAUUUUAUACCAAAAGAAAAAUUCAUAUGUACUUGUAAUUAAUAUUUAUGUUUUAAGUAAAUCAGGAAAAAGCCCUCUAAUACACAUUACAUACAAGUACUAUUAUAAUCCAUACAGUUUUUUGAAGGCACACAUUUGUUGAAUGUUUAUUGAAAAUAGUCUGUAAUUAAGAUCUGUGAUCAAGAUUUUUUUUAUGUUCCGUAAGGCUUUAUUAUCAUUAUAUUCACCACUUCAAAGGAGACAUAUGUUAGUUGUUUUGUUCACCAGUAGACCAUGUAAUUUCUGAUAAACAGUUAAAAUAUGUUUUGGUCUACACUUGUCAAACUUCAAAGUUCAGUAAAACAUUAUCAGGGUUUCAUUGUACCUCUAAAGGUCUUCUGGCAAUGACUUGCGCUUGCUCAGGUGUAUGGCAGUCAAACUUGGUUGGAUGAUUGUAAUUGGCAGGUAAUGGCUUUUGGUCAGUAGGUCAAAGGUGUCACAUGAAAUGGGCGCAACUGGGUUUGAAAAGAUAUCUGUAUAUACGUAAAACCACUUUCAAGCAUGACUUUAAGUACUGACUGGUGAGUAUUUAACUUUCAUAAUAGUGGUCCAAAAAAACUCUUUCACUUUAAACACAGAAAACUAUAUUAUAUUUAUAUUCAUAAACAGAAAAUAACGAUACUAUAUUAAGACAAGAAUUUGUACUACUUAACUGGAUAUCCAGAUCCUUCCAAUAAUUAAGGGGUUUCUUUAAUUACUGAAGAAGGUGAGAGUUUCAAAAUAGAAUGGGGUCUGAGGUCCUCCCAUUUAAAACUUAUCCGCUACAGGAAAAGCAGCUGGGGGGCUCAGACCACAAUAGCAAAUGGAAAUCACAGCCACUUGGCUGUUAAUGAAGCCAUUAACUUCUUUAACAUGAGGGCACACAUUAUACCCCAGAUUGCAUGUCCAAUGUUGGGGUGCGUCUUAUAAGCGAGCGAGUCUUAUAAGUGAAAAUAUAUGGAAAUCUGCUUCAUAUUGUAUCAUUUUGAAUUGCAAAUGUUAACUGUAUUUUACAUUUGAGACAAUCAAUCUCAAAAUUACCUUUCUGUGUAUAGAUGUGUACACAAAUGUAAAUAUUUUGUGUAGACAUAAUUUUUUAAAGGCCAAAGAAAUAUAUUUUUUUUUUGCUGUAUGAAUUCUUUGUGAUUUCAUCUCGAGUCGUGUGCCUUGAACUUUUAAUGAACUAGUCUUUCAUUUCUUGUAAUAUAAUUUUGAAUUUUUUGGAAGAUAAAACUUAUUCAAAGCUAAUAUGAUAUAACGCUUUUGACUUUGGAGACAAGUCUUUGAAUGCAACAGUUAUUUGGUUAAUCAGAAAUAACCGUGCAGUAAAACACUUCAAACUAAGUUUUACAUUUUUUGGCCUACUGUAAAAGCACAUAUUUUCGCUUGGUCAAAAUUUCGCAAAUAUGAAAUUUUGAGGAUGUUGAUGUGUUUUAAUAUUCAAGAAAUUGUAAAAAUGGUAUCCUAUUUGAAUCAUCCUUAUGGUGAAUAUUUACGGUACGUUGGGUCAGUUUUUCGUGAGAUGUAGGGCCUCGGGAAUAUAGUGAAAAAUUAAACCCUCGCAAAAAUUUCUGCUUUUACAUUUGUAUUUUGAGAAAUUAGUUGUUUUGAAGUCUGAUCAAAAUGAUUUGCAUUUCUGGCAGGACCAGCUCGUUAGGUAUUGAUGUUUUCAUUCUGUGUCAUAUAUUUAAGUGCCUUAAAAGGGUUUCUUCCAUUCAAAUGUAUACAUUAAUGUAUAAUAGACAAUAUGUAACAUAACUUAUUACGUUUGACAUUUUGUUUCGCUUUAAGCUGCAAUCCAUACCAGAUUGUUCUGAGGUAAUGUACUGCAGGUACAAGUGCUUAUGACUUCUUGUAUUUAUUGUAAUAAAUGGAAAAAAUGUUUUUGAUGUAAAUAAUUAUGUAUUGGGGCCAAUUGCAUAAUCAAAUUGAAUGAUUUAUCCAAAUCCUUCUUAAAGUCCAAAUGUCUGUCUGUUGUAUACAGAGAGAGAGAGAGAUAAUCUGUGAAUAUUUAAAUCCAUUUGUAUUUGCCUUAGCAUAAUUCUAAUAAUUAUUUGUAAAAGAAAUGCUUUGUGAUGUAGUCGUGUACAUUUGUGAUGUAGUCAUAUACAUUGUAUAUUUUGAGUAAUGACUACUUUUUGAUGGAAAAUACAAUAUUCUUUGGUAAAGAUACACUGAAGUCGAAGCAAAAAUGUACAGUACCUUAUUUAUCUCUUACUGACGUAUGUUAAUGCAAUUCAGCAGAUGUUGAACUGUAUUUUGAAUAAAAUGUUUAAAUGUAAA